GCUUAUCUGCAUACUUGGCACGUUCGCCGAGUCCGUUGCGCUGAGUCGAGCCCGAACUCCUCCUACUCCUCCUCCAGGUCUGAACUUCUUUUUCGAUAACUCUUUUAAAAUCAAGUCGUUCACGGAUCGGUCACCGAGCUGGGAAGACGAUGGCUCACGAGCCACUGCGGUCGGCGAUGAGCAUGAGGAGCCGCGAGGACACGUCGCUCGCGCUGCCAAACGAUUUCAAACUGCGCUCGGGACAGCAGCGCGUGCUGGACCAGGUGCACACCAUCAAGAGGACCAUGUCGAAACCUGGGAAGAACAGCACACUGUCUCCCUCACCAACAAGUAUGAUGAGUCCGCUGUCUUGGACAACAAACGAGUUCGGCGCGUUUAAAUUUACUCCAUCCAAAGCAAAUGGAACCUGCAGCCGCACCAACUCCACCAUGUCAACAGGAUACAACAAAUCGUUUAAUGCUCAGAAGAGUCGCACUCUGUCCAGUAGAACCCUGGGGACAAGAAAUGUCAGCACCUCAAGAAUAUGGGAACAACAAAUGAACAAUUCCAACUGGCCCAGGAGUCACAACGGACUGAAACCCAGUCGGAGUGAUCCUGCCUUGGCUCCUCCAUAUGCUCCUGCACCUAUUAUGAGAGCCAAAGGGCAGGCUGUCCAGAGCCAGCAAACCCUCCAGACUCGGUUCAAUAGACACAGCACCUAUUCCAUUCCAAAUGGCAUUUCGUUGACCAACAGCCAGACACGCAUGGUCCAACCAGCCUUUGCCCAAUCACAAACCGAGGGCAAGAUGGGAACCCUCAAACCAAUCAAAUUAGGGCAGAUGUCAGGUGUGACCAGUACAGCGACCAUGUCAGACCUUACCCUUAAAGAGGCUGUCGAGUUUCUGUCUCACCCUGAUGAAAAUUACCAACAGUGUGGAGCGACCUACAUCCAGCACACCACCUAUAAGGAGGAGCAUGCCAAACAGGAGGUUUUCCAGCUAGACGGUAUACCAACUCUGGUGGCCCUGAUGCGGAGCCCCCACGCUGGGGUGAGCCAGGCUGCUGCAGGGGCUCUGAGGAACCUGGUGUUCAGAGACCAUGACAAUAAGCUGGAGGUUCAGCACUGUGGCGGUAUAGGCAAGGCCCUGCAGCUGCUAAAGGAGACAGACUCAACUGACACCCAGAAACAAGUCACUGGCCUGCUGUGGAACCUGUCCUCUGAUGAUGAGCUGAAGGGAGAACUUAUAGCGACGGCCCUGCCCGCUCUCACUGAGAAUGUGGUGGUACCAUUCACCUGCUGGUCAGACAACAGCGCCAACAACAACAUUCACCCUGAUGUCUUUCACAGUGCCACAGGAUGCCUGCGGAACCUGAGCUGUGCCCGACAGAAGGAGAGGCUGGCAAUGAGAGAGUGUCCCGGCCUCAUUGACUCCCUCAUGAGUUACGUUCAGUCCUGUGUUGCAGAGGAAAACCCUGACGACAAGUCUGUGGAGAACUGCACAUGCAUCCUCCAUAACUUGACCUACCAACUGGAGGCCGAGUCCCCCCAGUGCUUCAGCAAGUUCGCUCAGGCAGCGAGCCAAUCCGAGGAUAGGAAAAGCCCCACGAUGGGAUGUUUCAGCCCCAGGAGCAACAAGGUUCAAAAGGAGUUUUCAUUCGACAUGACUCGGGGAAUGAUAGACGACAGCACACCAUCGGGUGUGAAGUGGUUGUGCCACCCAAGAGCCAUGCAGACCUACCUGUCUUUGCUGGGAUCGUCCCAGAAAGACGCCACACUGGAGGCUUGCUGUGGUGCCCUGCAGAACCUCACUGCCAGCAAGGGGCUGGGCUCCAGUGCCAUGAGCCAAAUUCUGGUUCACAAGUUGGGGGCUCUGAUGCACCUAUCCCCUCUUUUAAAGUCUCCUAACCAGAGCCUGCAGAAGACUGCCAUGUCCCUGCUGGGGAACAUUUCCCGUACCGGCAAUUUGCAGACUUCAAUCGCAAAGCAGAUUUUACCAGAGCUCACCGGCAUCCUUUCCUCCACUCCCAGAGAAAUGGGAAACUCUGAUGAAACUAUAUCAUCAACUUGCAACACAGUACGGAGUCUGAUCAUGGCCGAACCCGAGGUCAGCAAGAAGGUCAUUAAUAGUGAACUGGUGACAUCACUGGCUGACCUCAGUGAGAAUGGAUCUUUUCCCAAAGGCAGCAAAGCAGCUUCCCUGCUGCUCUACAGCUUAUGGAACGAGAAGAAUUUUCAAGGAGUUGUUAAAAAGCUGGGAUUCAACAAAUCUCUUUUUGUUAAUGACAACACCACAGCAGUGCACAGGUUGGCACAAGUAAUCGAGUGAAUGUGACGGACGAGUCGAACAGCACCACGUCCAAUGAGAGAUGGAAACCAACAUGUUCAGACACUGCUGUGACCCCACCCUUGCAACACGGAGAGUAUAAUUACAUUCUUCACAUAAUUAUCUUGUUGAGAGAGCAACCAGUUAAGAGGCAAUCAUGUGUAGUGCGUACUAGAGUUAGCUUUUAGUUUCAUAAAUAAUCCUGCUGUGUCCUAAUGAGGAUAUUUCAUGUUUGUGUAUAUAACGGGGUGAGCGUUUUAGCUGCAGUGUGUGUGUGAGAUUAAACCAGUUUUUAUGGCGAGAGUCCCAAAACAACAGUCAAUGUGGUCAGACAAAGUUAUCUGCAGUGAAAGUCACUGAAGUUGUGCGAUGAUUGUUUAAUCAAUGUGUCCACUUACGGUUUAAAGAUAAAAUAUCUGUUGUGGCCUUGAGGGAACUGAGCAGACUAAUAUGAAACAAUAACCCAAUGAUUAAACUGUUGCUUUCAGACUCUUGCUCCAUAAAUACAGAUGGUGGCAGUAACACAAUAACCUGGGUUUUUGUGUGUGUUUUGCUUGCUUUCAUGAAGUUAAUAGAUUAUUUUGAAUGUGCACAUAGUACAUAAAGGAUUUAUAAAAAAUAAAUAGCAAACUCAGUCAAAUAAAACUUAGCUCUCCCAAAAUGAUCGCUACAUUUGUAAAGUUGAAAUAUUUCGUUACUUUGUUCUGUUGGUUUUUUUUUCUGUUGAGGUUUGUUUGAUAAGAAAUUGACAUAAACAGCUUUGAAAAGAGGGCCUUGGUUGUCAUAACUGUCACGUUUGCUGGAUGUCUUUUCAAAGUUUGAUGAUAAGACUGAUACUACUCUCAUGUUUGUAUGAUCUAAAUAAAGGCUACAACUAGCUGCUAAUUAGCUUAGCUUUGAACAAAGACUGGAAAUAUGAGGGAACAGUUAGCCCGACUCUGUCAAAAGAGAACACAAUCGCAAACUAAUAGCUCAACAAAGCUCACUAGUCAACAUGUUAUAUAUUGUUUGUCCAAUCCAUCAGCACAACAACACCCUGAGGGUCCUUUGAACACUUGCUGGAUUGGUGUGAAUAAAUAUUAUCUUACCUUUUUGACAGAGCCAGCUAGCUGUUCCCUCCUGUUAUCAGUCACUAUGCUAAGCUAUUCUAAGCACAUCUGACAGCAGUGUCAUAUGAACCAGACGGACAUGAGAACUGUGUUAAACUUUUCAUCUAAUUUAUGACAAAAAAGUGUAUCUGACAAAAUAUGAAACCAUUGUCUCAAAGUGCUCUUCUAAGAGCAUAGUUCCUUCUGUUGAUUUGUCAUUACAUUGCAUAUUAUAACUUACACAUUGUAUGUUUUAUUUUGUUUUUGAUAACAUGUUUUCCACACUUUUUUUUAUUGCAUAACCUAAGGAGUUGGAGACAGAAGUAUUACAAAAUAGAUUCUCAACAUGCAGAGUCCAUUCUCUAUAACAAACUUUAGGAAUUAGGAACUGUAUACAUAAUCACUCUUUCUCUGGGAAACUCUUUGAGGUUACUGACACCCUGACACUGUUCGCUGAUCCAUACAAACUUGUGAAUAUGUUUAAUUACUGCGUUAAUUUAAAAACCAACAUGUGAAUCUUCAUCCAGAACAUUCACAUGCCAUUUUUUCUAUCGUUCAUAUAAUGCUUUGAGGGCUUAUUACAGGGUUUCUGCUCUCAUUACAAAACUUUACCAAAUACAGGUUGUGAUUCUUCUAAAAAUUCAGAAUCUUUUUGAAGAGCAAACAUCCCAAAAUCACUAAAGCAGUGAUUCUAGUGAAAAGAUGGCUUCAGAGGGGAUUUCACAUAUGUUACAGCACAGUUGAUUGUUUUUAUGUUUGAGGCUCAUGGUUGUUCUGAGGCUCAUUUUUUUGUCUGGAAGAUUGAUGACAAGUAUUUCCUAGAAUGUAUUUUUUAGAGAAAUGUGUGUGUGACAUAUCUUUUUGAGCUUUUCCUGUCACUUUCUGUACAUAUAAUAAAUAACAAAGAUGAAAACAACA